UGACUUACCUGACAGUCGAAAAAUGCUGCGGGUUCCCCAGGUGCUAAGAGGAGCACAGACCGCUGGUUUGUCCUCCAGCAGACUGGCGAAGAGUCUGUCAACAAGCAGCGUGUGCCAGCAGAAGGAACUAGUGGAGCUGUUCAUCGACGACCAGCCAGUCCAGGUUCCGCCUGGAACGACAGUUCUCCAGGCAGCGGCCAAGAUCGGGAUAGAGAUCCCCAGGUUCUGCUACCAUGAGCGCCUGGCAGUCGCUGGGAACUGCAGGAUGUGCUUGGUGGAGAUCGAGAAGCAGCUGAAGCCAGUGGCAGCCUGCGCGAUGCCUGUCAUGAAGGGCUGGAGGGUCAAGACUAACUCUGACCUCACUCGCAGGGCCAGAGAGGGUGUUAUGGAGUUCCUGCUGGUGAACCAUCCUUUGGAUUGUCCUAUUUGUGAUCAGGGAGGCGAGUGCGACUUGCAGGACCAGAGCAUGGCUUUUGGGAGUGAUCGCAGCAGGUUCACUGAUAUUGACUUUAAGCUCUCAGGGAACAUAAUAGACCUGUGUCCAGUCGGAGCGUUGACCAGCAAGCCUUAUGCAUUCGUAGCGCGACCCUGGGAGACCCGGCGGACUGACAGCAUCGACAUCUCCGACGCAGUCGGCAGCAACAUCGUGGUCUCUUCUCGAACCGGAGAAGUCUUGAGAAUCCUGCCGAGGGUCAACGAGGAAGUGAACGAGGAGUGGAUCAGCGACAAGGCCAGGUUCGCUUGCGACGGACUGAAGCGCCAGAGGUUGAUCACGCCGAUGGUCAGGACCCAGGGGAAGCUUGAGAAUGUCGAAUGGGAGAGCGCGCUGAUGGCUGCUGCUCAAGGGCUCCAGAAUGUUCCCAAGGACAAAACAGCUGUGAUUGCUGGAAAGCUCGCUGAUGCUGAAUCCCUGGUCGUUCUUAAGGACCUGGUUAAUAAGUUAGGCGGAGAAGCUUUGGCUACUGAGCAAAGCUACCCCACUGACGGCGCUGGGAUUGAUUUAAGGAGCAGCUACUUGCUGAAUAACAAGAUCCAGAAUGUUGAAGAAGCUGAUGCUGUUCUGCUGAUUGGAACCAAUCCAAGGUAUGAAGCUCCGCUGAUCAAUACCAGGUUGAGGAAGGGUUACUUGCAUGGAGAACAGAAUAUUGGGGUCAUUGGACCCAAGGUUGAUCUCACUUACCAGUACCAACAUCUGGGACAGUCUCCGGAGAUUAUUAACCAGUUGAUCAAUAAUCAGCAUCCUUUCAAUGACACUUUAAAGAAUGCCAAGAAGCCCAUGAUUAUUUUAGGUGCUGAGCUGCUUGCUAGGGCUGAUGGGGCGAAGAUUCUUUCUGCUACUCAGGAACUUGCUAAGGCUCUUGGGGAUCACACUAAGGCCUCUCCAGACUGGAAAGUACUAAACAUCUUGCAUACAAACGCGUCGCAAGUAGCAGCUUUGGAUCUAGGCUACGGAACAUCAACAGUCAGCCAAAUUAAGCAGUCGCAGCCGAAAGUUCUGUUCCUCCUGGGAGCUGACGACUCCAACAUCACCCGGGAAGACUUCCCGAACACUUUCAUCGUCUACAUCGGCAGCCACGGCGACCGCGGAGCGACAAUUGCCGACGUAGUCUUAGCCGGGGCGGCUUACACCGAGAAAACCGGCAGCUACGUCAACACCGAGGGCAGAGCGCAGCAGACUGGAGCUGCAUUGACUCCCCCAGGAAUGGCCAGGCCCGAUUGGAAGAUCGUCAGGGCCCUGGCUGAGUUCUCCGGGGUCGAUCUACCGUAUGAUAAUUUGUCUGAAGUCAGGGACAGGAUUGCUGAGAUUGCUCCGCACUUGGUCCGCUAUGGGGAAGUUGAACCGGCGAAUUUCUUCGCUCAGGCGCUUGAAUUGUCCAGGCAAUUUUUCAUGACUGACGUAGUGUCUCGCGCAUCUCCGACCAUGGCCAAGUGCAUCCAGGCGGUUUUGAAGCAACGAAUUCAAUUACUCGACGGCUGGUCGUCGGUGUCAUCAUCAACCUCUCCAGAGCUUCCAUCAGACUCGACUUUCUCGCCCAGGGCGGUAAGUUUUUGUUUGUACAGCAUCAGCUUGGUGUCUUGGUCCGACAGAAGCUCCAGGAGGUCCUCUUGGUCCUUUUUGAGCUUCUCCAGCUCCUCGCUCGUCUCUUUUAAUUUUUUCUCCAGCUCAAUAGAUACUUGGCUUUCUUUUUCCUGCAGGGCGACGACCAUUGAUUUAUACUCGGAGAGUUGCGACUCUAAAUCCUGGAUUUUGCUCCUGGAUUUUUGUAACUCCUCUGAGGAGUCAUCUAUUUUUAUU